AAGAAACGAGGGUCGAGUAAAGUCGCACUUAAAGCGGCGCAGCAGCAGGGACAGCAACAAAUAAGUGGGGCAUGGCUGUGUAAGAUGAAUGAAUGUAACAAGCGAUUUGUUAGAGAAGCGGAUUUGAAAAGGCAUCAGAGGACGUCGAAGGAGCAUUCG